AUGAGUGGAAAUAAAGUCACUGAUUCAAAGGAAAGUGGAGAAUAUGAAGAUGACUUUGAAAAGGAUCUAGAAUGGUUAAUUAAUGAAAAAGAAGAAGAUAGUGUCAACAUAAUAGAGAUGUCUUCGGGGAAGGAAGAAGCUAUUAAUCAAGAAUUAAAUGAGAAUAAAGUAGAAGUAGAGCACAAUGAACAGCUUUCUGAUCCUGAUGAGUCUUUAAAAGAUAAAGUUACAUCAAGAAGAAAUGACUUUAUAUCUGUACCAAGUAGUCAAUCUUCAGAUCCAAUAUCAGAUUCAGAUAGUGACAACUCUUCCCAGGAAUCAAAAAUGGAAAACCAGAAAGACCUGGAGGAAGAAGAGGAUGAGGAAGUAAGGCGAUAUAUUAUGGAGAAAAUUAUACAAGCCAACAGACUUCUACAGAAUCAAGAGCCUGUGAAUGAUAAAAGGGAACGGAAACUUAAAUUCAAGGACAAGUUAGUUGAUCUAGAAGUUCCACCACUGGAAGACACUGAUACUUACAAAAAUUGUUCUGAAAAUGAAAGUAGUAUGUCUGGAAAACUGUCACAGUUAAGCAUUUCCAAAGAAAUUGGGCAUGAAAAUGUGCUCCUAGCUCUUAAUAAUGGAAAUGGUGAAGGACACAAGGACAGGAAGAUAUUAGUAGAGAAAGAUGGAAAGUUUGAACUUCUGAAUUUACAAGACAUUGAGAGCCAGGGGUUUUUGCCACCCAUUAAUAAUGCUAAUAAUACAGAAAAUGAACCUCAGCAGUUAUUGCCUAGAUCAUCCAACUCAUCUGUCAAUGGUGUUAAAAAAGGAGAAGCUGCAGCAAAGAUUCCUGCUUCCACUCACUCAUCAGUAGUAGAGCCACUGACUUAUAUCCCUCAGCCACCAGUCAAUCCUAAGGCUCGCCCAAACUCUGCCGCCAGUGCAGACAAAAGUAAAGGGAGCGGAAGAUCUAAAUACAGGUCUCGCUCUACAAAUACAUCUCCAGUGACGUCAACAUACUGUCUUUCCCCUCGACAGAAAGAGCUACAAAAACAGCUAGAACAGAGAAGAGAAAAGCUAAAGAAAGAGGAAGAACAACGGAAAAUAGAAGAAGAGAAAGAAAAGAAGAAAGAGAAUGACAUAGUGUUUAAAGCAUGGUUGCAAAAGAAGAGAGAGCAGGUGCUAGAAAUGAGGAGAAUUCAACGAGCAAAGGAAAUAGAAAACAUGAACAGUAGAGAAGGCAGAGAUCCACAUCUAGCAUUUCGGUUAUGGCUUAAAAAAAAGCAUGAUGAGCAGAUGAAAGAAAGAAGGACAGAAGAACUCAGAAGGCAGGAAGAAUGCUUGUUCUUUCUUAAAGGAACAGAAGGCCGUGAAAGAGCUUUCAAACAAUGGCUAAGGAGGAAACGCAUAGAGAAACUAGCAGAGCAACAAGCUUUGAAAGAACGAAGCAGACAGCUCCGACUUGAAGCAAAGCGUUCCAAACAGUUACAGAACAGUUACACUAUGUCAGAAGCCAAAGCUUUUCGUUUUACUGAUCACUACCACUGA